AUGGCAGAGCGCAAGUGCCCUGUUCAGGAGAUGAACAUUGGUGGCGGCGGCACCAGGAACCGCGACUGGUGGCCCGACUCGCUCAAGCUCAACAUCCUGCGCCAGCACACCGACCUGACGAACCCGCUGGGCAAGGAGUUCGACUAUGCCGCUGCCUUCAAGACCCUCGACUAUGAGGGCAUCAAGAAAGACCUCAAUGAGCUCAUGACCGACUCCCAGGAGUGGUGGCCGGCGGACUUUGGCCACUACGGCGGGCUCUUCAUCCGCAUGGCCUGGCACAGCGCCGGCACCUAUCGUGUGUUUGACGGCCGUGGCGGUGCUGGUCAGGGUCAGCAGCGAUUCGCCCCCCUCAACAGCUGGCCGGACAACGUCAGCCUCGACAAGGCCCGCCGGCUGCUGUGGCCCAUUAAGCAGAAGUACGGCAACAAGAUCUCCUGGGCUGAUUUGCUUGUCCUGACCGGCAAUGUGGCGCUCGAGUCCAUGGGCUUCAAGACGUACGGCUUCGCUGGCGGCCGUAGCGAUGCCUGGGAGGCCGACGAGUCCGUCUACUGGGGUGGCGAGACUACCUGGCUGGGCAAUGAUGUUCGCUACUCGCAUGGCCACGAGGGCGUCAAGCACCACGGUGCCGUUGAUGCCGCUCAGAAGGCUCCCGAUGCCAAGGACAUCCACACCCGUGACCUCGAGUCGCCCCUUGCGGCCGCCCACAUGGGUCUCAUCUACGUCAACCCUGAGGGUCCCGACGGAAACCCCGACCCUGUGGCUGCGGCCCGUGAUAUUCGCACCACGUUCGGCCGCAUGGCCAUGAACGACGAGGAGACCGUCGCCCUGAUCGCCGGUGGCCACUCCUUCGGCAAGACGCACGGUGCUGCGCCGGCUAGCAACGUGGGCAAGGAGCCCGAGGCGGCUGGCAUCGAGGCUCAGGGCCUCGGAUGGCAGAACAGCCACGGCUCCGGAAAGGGCCCCGACACCAUCACCAGCGGCCUGGAGGUGACGUGGACCAAGACACCCACCAAGUGGAGCAACCAGUAUCUCGAGUACCUGUUCAAGUACGACUGGGAGCUCACCAAGAGCCCGGCUGGUGCGAACCAGUGGGUGGCCAAGAAUGCCGAGCCCAUCAUCCCCGAUGCCUUUGACCCUAACAAGAAGCAUUUGCCCACUAUGCUGACGACCGACCUGUCGCUCCGCUACGACCCGGCCUACGAGAAGAUCUCUCGACGCUUCCUCGAGAACCCUGACCAGUUCGCAGAUGCUUUUGCCAAGGCGUGGUUCAAGCUGACGCACCGUGACAUGGGCCCCCGCGUUCGCUAUAUCGGACCCGAGGUUCCCUCUGAGGACUUCAUCUGGCAGGACCCCAUCCCGGCUCUCAACCACGCCGUCAUCGAUGACCGCGACAUUGCGGCCCUCAAGAAGGAGAUCCUCGCCUCCGGCGUGAACCCGUCCAAGUUUGUGUCCACUGCCUGGGCCUCUGCCUCGACUUUCCGCGGCAGCGACAAGCGCGGCGGUGCCAACGGCUCCCGUAUCCGCCUGGCGCCCCAGAAGGACUGGGAGGUCAACAACCCCCGCCAGCUUGCCGAAGUGCUCAGCACUCUGGAGGGCAUCCAGAAGCGGUUCCAGAGUGGUGGCAAGAAGGUUUCUCUGGCUGACCUGAUCGUACUGGCUGGCUGCGCCGCCGUCGAGAAGGCCGCCAAGGAUGCUGGCAACGACGUCACUGUUCCUUUCACUCCAGGCCGCAUGGAUGCCUCGCAGGAGCAGACUGAUGUCGAGUCCGUCGGACAUCUCGAGCCCUACGCCGACGGCUUCCGCAGCUAUGGCAAGUCCACGGACAGGAUUAAGCUGGAGAACUUCCUCAUCGACAGGGCACAGCUUCUCACGCUGUCGCCUCCCGAGCUCACGGCUCUCGUCGGUGGCCUCCGCGUCCUCAACACCAACUACGAUGGCUCGGCCCACGGUGUCUUCACCAGCCGCCCCGGAACUCUGACCAACGACUUCUUCGUCAACCUCCUGGACAUGGGCACUGUGUGGAAGCAGGCUGGAGCCGAUGGCGAUGUCUUCGAGGGCAGCGACCGGAAGAGCGGCGCCAAGAAGUGGACGGCCACCCGGGCCGACCUGGCAUUCGGCUCUCAGGCUGAGCUGCGUGCCGUGGCUGAGGUCUACGGCAGCGCCGAUGGUGCUCAGAGAUUCGUGAAGGACUUUAUUGCCGCAUGGGACAAGGUCAUGAACCUGGAUCGGUUUGAGCUGAGCAAGGAGUCUAGCCUGCGGGCCACCAGCCGGCUGUAA